UUCAAGGGCGGCCUAGAAUCGGGGCAAACUAACAGCCCUUGUCAAGAGCCUUGCCUGCAGUAUUAACAAUAAGUGAUCUAGGUCUGCCUCAAGAUGCGAGUCCUCCUGUUAGCGUUCUUUGUAACCUGCUGCAGUCUCCAUGCAGUUACUGGCAUGUCCUCGGGUCCACCUCUCAGUCCCAGUGCCAAUGAAGCUCUGGUAUGCCAGCAGAUGACCCCUAACCCUGGUGCCCAUGGUGCCCCUCAAUCUGGAGAUGGUGGAUAUAGGCUGGAGAUCUCUCCUACAAUGGCAACAGCUACCAAUGGAUUCACUUACGAGAAUAACACUGUUUACACCAUUCGUCUAUUUGGAAAUAGUAUCCGUGGUUUCCUAGUCCAAGCCAGAAUGCCUGGUAACACUCCUAGUGUUGGAGUAAAUCCAAUGCUACUGGGUUCCUUCCAGACUGUCAGCGGUCAGCAAACACUGGCCUGUGAUCUGAUGGCAGGAGCAGCAAAUGAGGCUACCAUUGCCCACUCCCAAAGUCAAGCUGGUGCCACCUCAGUGCAGUUCACCUGGACAGCCCCCAUGACUGCAGGGGAUGUGGACUUUUACUACACGGUUGUUCGUGUUCGGCUCACACAUUACGAUGCCAUUAGUGCAAGUCAAACCUCUGGUGCAAUACGAGAGAGUAUCUUUGGCAUUGUUCCAAUGCUGCUGGCUGUGAUCGUCAUGGUAACCUCACUUUAGAUGUUAGCCAACGUGAACAAAAUUAACAAUUGUACUAAAUAUCGUAGUUCAGGAUAGAUUUAGUGUGUUGAUAGAUUAGUGUGUUUUCUGUUGUUUACUAAAAUAAUCGUGGCUCAAUCAUUCAAUAAUAAAAA